GGCGAAGGGAAGUGUGCUCUGCUCACCUGAGUGACGAACAGUGACCGCUGGGCUCCACCUGAAGAGACCGCGUUUCUCGAGGUGGACGAAAAUCGGCCCAUGUGAAUUAAAUCCGGAGGAAUUUCAUGCGUCAAAAUACUUUUCGGAGCGAAGAAGCAUGAAAAGUUUGAAAAAUUCGUUCACUCGUUGAGUGGCCUGUGCCGGGAGGAGGGACUCGUAACUAUUUUCGUGACAUCUCCUGCUCGCACUUUGGAGAAUAAAAUAUCGAAAAGUCAAAUGAAGUCACUCGAAGCCCGGAGAGAUAAAAAAAUUGAGAAAAAAUUGAAAUUCUUCCUGAAAUCAGUGAAAUUUUCAAUUCCUUCGUCACACUUUGUCCCUUCGGGUUUCAGCAGUUCUGAUAAGAAGUGACAAACGGCUAAAUUCGGUUUGCGAGUGGUGCUUUUCUAUGCCUUCGUUCCAUCAGAAAAUCACGGUAUUUUCCUUCCACAAGAAAAAAAAUUGACUAAAUAUCGCCAAAGUGAAUUCUCCGAGUGCAGUGUCCGAGCCACUUCGGAAUUCUCCAGCGCUCAAUUCGUUGAGCGACAGUUUCAAAAAAGCCGCGAUUACUCCGAUCGAUAACGCAGCCAUGAAGCGGAUAAAGCGCUUCGUACUCGCUCAAAGCGACGAGACCGAUCCCAUUUGGAAAAGCUCGGACAAUCUCCUCGCAGGGAUAGCGAGAAUGAAUUCCGUCUCGAGCGACGGGGAUGCUUCCUCUCGGAGAAGCUCUACCAAAUUUGAAGCAGGUCCCUUGGACGAGGAGCCCGAGGGUUUGAGAAUGUCCACGCUCAGCGUCCCCGCACCGAGUCACGGCCUUACACCCAGCAUGUCGCAGGGCACGGUGAUGAUUCAAGCGCAGAGCCGUCUACAAGAGAAAGAUUUCACGGUCGCGACGCCGGAAGAAUUCGUUCGUCGUUUCAACGGGACCAAAGUCAUCGAGAAGGUUCUCAUCGCCAACAAUGGAAUAGCUGCAGUCAAGUGCAUGCGUUCGAUAAGAAGAUGGUCGUACGAGAUGUUCAAGAACGAGAGAGCUGUGAGGUUCGUCGUGAUGGUCACACCGGAGGAUCUCAAGGCGAAUGCCGAGUACAUAAAAAUGGCGGAUCAAUAUGUACCGGUGCCUGGUGGCACGAACAACAAUAACUAUGCCAAUGUUGAACUCAUUGUUGACAUUGCUAUGCGAACACAAGUCCAGGCGGUCUGGGCUGGCUGGGGUCACGCCUCUGAGAAUCCAAAGUUACCAGAAUUACUUCACAAAAAAGAUAUUGCUUUCAUCGGACCAUCGGAACGAGCGAUGUGGGCGCUGGGUGACAAAAUAGCGUCGAGCAUAGUGGCUCAAACAGCGGAUGUUCCAACGCUGGCGUGGUCGGGUUCGGAGUUGAAGGCUCAGUACAGCGGGAAAAAGAUAAAGAUAUCAUCGGAAUUAUUCAAAAAGGGUUGCGUCUCGACGGUGGAAGAAUGCUUAGCGGCGGCGAAUAAAAUCGGUUUUCCGGUGAUGGUCAAAGCGAGCGAAGGCGGCGGUGGCAAGGGAAUAAGAAAGGUGGAAAACGCGGAAGAAUUGCCGACGAUGUUCAGACAAGUGCAGGCCGAGAUCGCGGGUUCGCCGAUAUUCAUAAUGAAAUUGGCGCGAUGCGCGCGUCACUUGGAGGUGCAAUUAUUAGCGGACAACUACGGAAACGCGAUAUCACUGUUCGGUCGUGAUUGUUCGAUCCAGCGGAGACAUCAAAAGAUCAUCGAGGAAGCGCCAGCGGUUAUAGCGAAACCGGAAAUAUUUGAGGAAAUGGAGAGAGCGGCGGUGAGAUUGGCGAAAAUGGUUGGAUAUGUGAGCGCCGGCACGGUCGAAUAUCUCUACGACACUUCGGGACGUUACUUCUUCCUCGAGCUCAAUCCGCGUCUGCAAGUGGAACAUCCUUGCACGGAAAUGGUGUCCGAUGUGAAUCUGCCAGCAGCGCAGCUUCAAAUAGCCAUGGGUCUGCCCCUUCACCGGAUCAAAGACAUUCGCUUGUUGUACGGCGAAAGUCCAUGGGGCGACAGCCCCAUAGAUUUCGACCAACCACGCCACAAGCCGCAGCCCUGGGGUCACGUGAUAGCGGCGAGAAUAACGAGCGAGAAUCCUGACGAAGGAUUCAAGCCGAGUUCGGGCACGGUGCAGGAGCUGAAUUUCCGUUCAUCGAAAAACGUCUGGGGCUACUUUUCUGUAGGUGCUUCCGGCGGACUUCACGAGUUCGCAGAUUCUCAGUUUGGGCAUUGCUUCUCAUGGGGCGAAGAUCGUAAUCAAGCUCGCGAGAACCUCGUAGUUGCUCUCAAAGAAUUGAGCAUAAGAGGGGACUUCAGAACGACCGUGGAAUACCUCAUUACGCUGCUGGAGACGGAAUCCUUUCUGACGAACAACAUUGACACGGCUUGGCUCGAUCUUUUGAUAUCGGAGCGCGUUCGUAGCGACAAGCCUGAUGUUUUGCUCGCCGUAACCUGCGGAGCUCUUCACAUCGCCGAUCGCACGAUACAAAAUGCGUUUACGGGUUUUCAAACGGCAUUGGAAAAGGGCCAGAUACAGGCAAGCAACGACCUCAAAAACGUCGUUGACGUGGAGCUCAUAAACGAUGGUUUCAAGUACAAAGUACAGGCGGCUAAAUCCGGACCGAACAGUUAUUUCCUCGUGAUGAAUGGAUCGUACAAAGAGGUCGAAGUGCAUCGUUUGUCGGACGGGGGAAUGUUGUUGUCGUUGGACGGAGCGAGUUUCACGACUUAUAUGAAGGAAGAGGUAGAUCGCUAUCGCAUCGUGAUCGGCAAUCAAACCUGCGUAUUUGAAAAAGACAACGAUCCUUCCCUCCUGCGCUCACCAUCGGCCGGCAAGCUCGUAAGUUUCACCGUCGACGAUGGGGGUCACGUUGACGCCGGACAGGCGUACGCCGAGAUCGAAGUAAUGAAAAUGAUUAUGACACUAACGGCGAGUGAGUCCGGCAGCUUGUAUUACGUCAAGAGACCCGGUGCCAUCCUGGAAACGGGCACUCUCAUAGCUCACCUCGAACUGGACGACCCUUCCCUGGUGACGAAAGCCCAAGAAUACUCGGGCCAAUUUCUGGCACCGGCGGCUCCGGCCAUUCCUGAAAAACUCAACAACCUCCACACCAAGUAUCGGAGCGCCUUGGAGAAUACUUUGGCUGGUUAUUGCCUCCCGGAUCCUUACCACUUGCCGAGACUUCGCGACUUCAUUGAAAAGUUCAUGUGCUCUUUGCGCGAUCCGAGUUUGCCCCUGCUCGAGCUGCAGGAGGUCAUAGCGACCAUUUCCGGUCGCGUACCGAUCUCCGUUGAGAAGAAAAUACGCAAGCUAAUGACGCUGUACGAGAGAAACAUAACUUCUGUCCUCGCCCAGUUUCCGAGCCAACAAAUAGCCGCGGUGAUCGACGGCCACGCAGCCACUCUGUCGAAACGCUCGGACAGAGACGUAUUUUUCCUUACUACCCAGGCCAUCGUCCAACUCGUACAAAGGUACCGGAACGGCAUUCGCGGCCGGAUGAAAACGACGGUUCACGAGCUUUUGCGGCAGUAUUACACGGUCGAGAGCCAAUUUGAGCAAGGUCACUACGACAAAUGCGUCUCGGCUUUGAUUCAGCGUUACAAGGACGACAUGGCGAUGGUGACCGCGACGAUAUUCAGCCACACUCACGUCGGCAAAAAGAACGUCCUGGUAACCAUGUUGAUCGAUCAUUUGUGGGCCAACGAGCCAGGCCUUACCGACGAGCUGGCGAGCACCCUGACAGAAUUAACGAGUUUGAAUCGCACCGAACACAGCAGAGUCGCUUUACGAGCGAGGCAAGUUCUCAUAGCUGCUCAUCAGCCCGCUUACGAAUUACGACACAAUCAGAUGGAGUCGAUAUUCCUGUCGGCCGUUGACAUGUACGGCCACGAUUUUCACCCGGAAAAUCUGCAAAAGCUCAUACUUUCGGAAACUUCGAUAUUCGAUAUUCUCCACGACUUUUUCUAUCAUACGAACCGUGCCGUAUGCAACGCCGCUCUCGAGGUUUACGUGCGUCGCGCUUACAUCAGCUACGAAUUAACGUGUCUCCAGCAUCUCGAAUUAUCCGGGGAAAUACCACUGGUACACUUCCAAUUUAUGCUCCCAACGAACCACCCUAACCGACAAAACACUUCGUUGGUCAACCAUCGUACCGGUGCAAUGGCAGCUUUCCAAAAUCUCGAACAAUUCAGCCAGUACUCGGACGAAGUGCUCGAUCUUCUGGAGGACUUGUCAUCGCCGCAGUCGGUGUCGGCCAAAGUACUCGAAGCUGUCGAGGCUGCCGGUGGCAGUGAGUCGCGUCACAGUACGUCGAUCAACGUUUCGCUGAGCAUGGCGGAACAAGCAGCGGGUCCCACCGAAAUCAGUGAGAGGUCAUCGGAGCCGGUUCACAUCCUCAGUAUAGUUGUACAGGACAAUGAAAAUCAGGACGAUGCAACGAUGGCGAGACUGUUCGGCGAUUGGUGCGCAACGAACAAAGAGGAGCUCGUUGCACGCGGCAUAAGAAGAGUUACCUUCGGAGCAUUGAAGCGGCGACAAUUCCCAAAGUUCUUUACAUUCCGUCAACGCGACGGUUUCGUCGAAGAUCGUAUUUAUCGGCACCUCGAGCCUGGCUGCGCUUUCCAGUUGGAGCUCAAUCGAAUGAGAACUUAUGAUCUCGAAGCUUUACCCAUUUCGAAUCAAAAGAUGCAUCUCUACCUGGGCAAAGCGAAAGUCGCGAAAGGGCAACAGGUGACGGACUAUCGUUUCUUCAUUCGCUCGAUAAUACGCCACUCGGACUUGGUCACGAAGGAAGCGAGUUUCGAUUAUCUCCACAACGAAGGGGAAAGAGUCCUCCUCGAAGCGAUGGACGAGCUCGAGGUCGCUUUUUCACAUCCUCUCGCAAAGCGCACCGACUGUAAUCACAUUUUUUUGAAUUUUGUUCCCACGGUUAUCAUGGAUUUGGCCAGAAUCGAAGAGAGUGUUACGAACAUGGUUCUCCGGUAUGGACCGAGGCUGUGGAAGCUGCGAGUACGUCAGGCCGAAAUAAAAAUGACGAUUCGUCCGGCCCCCGGGAAGCCAACUUCUCACGUGCGGCUGUGCAUCUCCAACGACAGCGGGUACAGUAUCGACCUUCAUCUGUACACGGAAUCCACCGAUCCGAAAACCGGAGUGAUACGUUUCGAAUCUUACGGGUCAGCGAGCGCUACGAGCAACGCCAACUGGAGGCCGGGACCCAUGCACGGUCUCCCGAUUUCAACGCCUUAUCUAACCAAAGACUAUCUCCAAGCGAAGAGGUUCCAAGCCCAGAGUGCGGGCUCGACUUACGUGUACGAUUUGCCGGAUAUGUUCCGUCAGCAAAUCGAAAAGAUGUGGAGCAAGUAUUACGAGGAACGACCGCACAUCCAAAAUCCAACGAUGCCGAAUCCCGUGCUCGACAGCGUCGAGCUCGUACUCGAGGGCGAUAAUCUCGUUGAGCAAAUGAGAUUGCCUGGUGAAAACGACGUGGGUAUGGUCGCCUGGAGGCUGAGCUUGUUCACCCCCGAAUACCCGGACGGUCGGGACGUUAUUCUUAUAGCAAACGACAUCACUUAUUUCAUCGGUUCGUUUGGACCGAAGGAGGAUCUUGUCUUCUGCAAAGCAUCGGAGCGGGCGCGUCAACUCGGCGUACCGCGCAUAUAUUUUUCAGCCAAUUCCGGAGCCCGCAUUGGUCUCGCUGAGGAAGUCAAAAGCGUUUUCAGAAUCGCCUGGGAAGUUGAGAACGAACCGGAAAAGGGUUUCAAGUACCUUUAUCUCUCGCCGGACGAUUACGCGCGUUUGGCAUCGUUGAACUCGCUGAAAACGUGCCUGAUCCAGGAUGCCGGUGAAUCGCGCUACCAAAUAACCGACAUAAUCGGCGUUGACGAUGGUCUCGGGGUUGAAAAUCUCAAAUAUGCCGGUAUGAUUGCCGGCGAAACGUCCAGAGCUUACGAUGACAUCGUAACCAUUUCCAUCGUUUCCUGUCGCGCUAUCGGUAUCGGUUCUUACGUCGUUCGUCUCGGACAACGUGUCAUACAAGUUGAAAAUUCACAUAUCAUUUUGACCGGUUAUCGAGCCCUCAACACCGUCCUCGGGCGAGAAGUUUACGCGAGCAACAAUCAACUCGGUGGCACCCAAAUAAUGUACAACAACGGUGUUUCCCACGUGACCUCGCCUCGGGAUCCCGAUGGGAUCGGUACAGCUCUCAAAUGGAUCAGUUACGUGCCCAAGGUCAAAGGUGGACCGCUGCCGGCUAUCGCUCCGGUUGAUCCCAUCGACCGAGAAGUCGUUUAUCUACCCACAAAAUCAGCCUACGAUCCACGCUGGAUGCUCGAAGGUCGAGCUUCCCCCGGAGACCAAAACGUCUGGGAAUCGGGCUUCUUCGAUCGCGGAUCCUGGGAAGAAAUAAUGGCACCCUGGGCCCAAACCGUUGUCGUCGGCAGAGCCCGCCUCGGCGGCAUCCCUUGCGGUGUCAUUGCCGUCGAAACGAGAAGCGUCGAACUCCACCUUCCUGCUGAUCCUGCCAAUCUCGACUCCGAAGCGAAAACCGUUUCCCAAGCUGGUCAAGUCUGGUAUCCUGACAGCGCUUACAAAACUGCUCAGGCCAUUCAAGACUUCAAUAGGGAAGAACUCCCGCUCUUCAUUUUCGCCAAUUGGCGAGGCUUCUCCGGUGGUAUGAAGGAUAUGUAUGAACAAAUAAUGAAAUUCGGAGCUUACAUCGUGGACGGUUUGAGAGUAUACACGCGGCCGGUAUUGGUGUACAUUCCACCGAGCGGUGAGUUGAGAGGUGGAGCCUGGGCGGUGGUUGAUCCGACGAUAAACCCUCGGCACAUGGAAAUGUUCGCGGACCCGACGAGUCGGGGAGGUGUGCUCGAGCCGGAAGGAAUCGUCGAGAUCAAAUUUAGGAACAAAGAUAUAUUGAAAGUGAUGCAUCGUAUUGAUCCGGUGAUACAAAAUUUAAAGGAUAAAGUAUCGGGUUCAACAUCAGCGGAGGAACGGGCGAAUUACGAAGCGAUGAUGCGUACUCGCGAGGGUGUGCUCCAACCGAUGUAUCACCAGGUCGCCGUUCACUUCGCCGAUCUCCACGACACGCCUGAGCGUAUGUUGGAGAAAAAUGCAAUACAGGAGAUCGUGCCUUGGCGUAAAUCUCGAACUAUGUUGUAUUGGCGUUUGCGGCGGCGUAUUCUAGAAGAAGAGAUAAGAAAUGAAGUACUAUCGACGCAACCUUCGUUGAGCGCGAGACAGGUCGACGCUAUGUUAAGACGCUGGUUCGUCGAGGACAAAGGCGCGACGGAAUCUUACGUAUGGGAUCAGGACGAGGGUGUUGUGCAGUGGCUCAUUGCGCAACGCAACACCGAGAACAGCGUCCUUGCCCAUAAUAUUAAUUGCGUUAGGCGAGAUGCGGUUGUAACGCAAAUCAAAGAUUUACUCGAGGGUUGUCCUGAAGUAAGACUCGACGCUGUUCUCGAGAUCGUGCACAGACUUCAACCGUCCGAACGAGCGGAGCUUCAACGUACCUUGGCGCAACUGGAAACAUCGGGUCAGGAACCCUUGAACGACUCGAGCUCGUCUUCGUAACUCUUGCGUGUUCCACAUAAAAAAGCAGAUCUGAUCCCACGUCUGUAUAUUUCACGAAAGCACCUUUCAUGACACAAGUAAAUUCGUUACGUCAUUUUUUUUCCAGAAACCAAUGAUUUAUCCAGUUAAGCCAGGAAUAUUUCGGAGCAACUAUCAAAUUCUUUGGCCAGCUGAUUUUUUUAGCGUACGCUUAGUGAAAUAUUUUUUUUUUUUUUUUUUUUUUUAGUUGAAUACUGAUCGAACGGGAUUCGAUUCACAAGUAAAUAUCAAGUGUUAGAAGAAAAAAACGCUCAUUUAUAUAUGUAUAUAUUGCAAGGGCGAAGGGGAAAGUCGGCGGUGAUGAUAUCGUGGAAGAAAAAAUGAAUUACGUGAGUGUUUCACGAUACCGUGCCUGUAUUUGUGUGUGUAAGUGCGUGCGUGUGCGUAUGAGUAUAAAAUUAUUGUGCAAUUCGCAGAAAGUUGGGUAAAAGCAAAAGAAAUUGUAUCUAUAUUUACGUAUAUAUGUAUUCAUUGACAUAUAUUUAUUUUCAACGAAAAUAGCAAAGGAUUGUGAAAAAGAAAAUCAUGUUACACUUUUGCAUUGUUGAAGUGAGAGAAAAUUGUUUUUUUAUCAUCAUAUGGAUUCUUCUGUGGAUUUAUUCUAUAGAAAUAAGCUGCGCGUUUUUUUUAAGCUUCUCAUCGCGAACUUGCUCAUUGAAGUUGUGUGAAAAUCUAGGAAAUUGAAAAAGAAAAAGGGGAGAUGAUAGUUUGAAAAAUUGAGUAAUAACCGAGUAAUGUGAAUUUCAACAGCGUGAAACAAGAAUGAAUAUCUAAAUGGACGUCAUGUCGAUUGUGCAGCUUCGGAGUGUAUGAUUUGCAAAUAAUUGAUUUGCACACCGUUUAAGUUGUGUCCUUCUGGCACAUUGAAAGAGACGAAUGAAAAAUUUUAUGAUUAUGCGCAACUAGAGGAUCGAGUGCGUACUGAGGGAAUUAAUGAUUGUAACUACACUGCCGUGAAAAUAUAUUUGAAACAAAAGUGAA